GAGGGAGGUGUCAAGCUUGCCUCGUGUUGAUCUAAACCACAUCUGCUGUGUGUGUGUGUGUGUACUGUAUGUGUGUGUGCAGUUUUAAUACAGCUCCCGUUCUUGCAUCAUCCCCAUCCUCAUCAUCCCUCAGCUGCAGCCAUGUCGGACUCGGAGGACAUGACGGAGUUCGCCAGCAUCGUGGAGCGCAUCGAGCGGGGCGAGGUUCCCAUCAAGAACAUCGAGAGGGAGCUGAUAUGCCCCAUCUGCAAGGAGCUGUUCACCCACCCGCUCAUCCUGCCAUGCCAGCACAGCGUUUGCCACAAGUGCGUCAGGGAGCUCCUCAUGCUCAACCACGACGACUCGUUUGACGGCGGCUCUGAGUGCUCAUUGCCCGGGAGCCCCAGGUCACGGGUGCCCUCGCCGUCCAUGGAGAGGCUGGACAGGCUGGUGCGAUCAGCCACAGUGCGAAGGUCACUCGGAAGUCGAGGUAGACGCGGCCUCCGACUGUUCAGUAGCUGUAGUAGUCCUCGGAAACGAAGCGGAAAUGCUGGCUAUCAACCUGAGAUAAAUCCAGCACUCCUCACUUCUCCCCAAAAACGCUCUAUCUCCUCCCCUGGCUGGCGCCGAGGAUCCGUGACCCCCCGCGUCACCACCAUCCCAUGCCCGGGCUGCCAGCACGACAUUGACCUGGGCGAGCGCGGCAUCAGCAUGCUCUUCCGCAACUUCACACUGGAGAGCAUCGUGGAGCGCUACCGGCAGGCGGCACGGGCGGCCGUGGCCAUCAUGUGCAACAUCUGCAAGCCUCCGCAGCAGCAGGAGGCCACCAAGAGCUGCAUGGACUGCAAGGCCAGCUACUGUAACGAGUGCUUCAAGCUGCACCAUCCCUGGGGCACGCCCAAGGCCCAGCACGAAUAUGUGGGGCCCACCACCAACUUCAGGCCCAAGGUGCUGAUGUGUCCCGAGCACGAGAUGGAAAAGGUGAACAUGUACUGUGAAGUGUGCAGGAGGCCCGUGUGCCACCUGUGCAAGCUGGGAGGCACGCACGCCAACCACAAAGUCACCUCCAUGAGCAACGCCUACAAGAUCCUCAAGGAGAAGCUGGCCAAGAGUAUCCAUUACCUCAUCAGUAAAGAGGACCAAGUCAGGACUCAGAUUACUGGACUGGAGCUGCUCAUCAGUCAGACUGAGGAAAAUGGCCAGCUAGCAGAGCGUCAAGCCAACGAGCACUUUGACCGCCUGUUCGAGACCCUGCAGGAGAGAAAGUCGGAGAUGCUGAAAUCCAUCGAGCAGUCACGAAACCGACGCCUGGAGCAGCUCAGAUCCCAGAUGGAGGAGUACCAGGGCAUGCUGGAGAACAGCGGCCUGGUAGGCUACGCUCAGGAGGUGCUCAAAGAGACAGACCAGUCCUGCUUUGUGCAGACCGCCAAGCAGCUGCACGUCAGAAUCCAAAAGGCCACGGAGUCCCUCAGGACGUUCCAGCCGUCAGCCAACCCCUGCUUUGACGAGUUUGUUCUGGAGACGUCCCGAGAAGAGAUGCUGCUCAGAGAGUUGUGCUUUGGUGGAGUCCCGGACCCCCCUAUGAUCGACCUCUCCAAGAGCAAAGUCUACAACGAGGCCAGCAUCUUUUGGAAACUGUCUGAAGACCACUUGCCCACAGACCACCACCUGCUUGAGUACCGCAGAUUGGGCGCCCCGGAUGGCGAGGACAGCAGCGUGUGGAGGGUCACGGAGCGAGUGUAUGGACCCACCGCCGUGGUGUGCGACCUGGUCGCUGACAGCUUGUACACCUUCAGGGUGCGGAGCUGCAGGAACUCCAUGUUCAGCCCUUACAGCCCAGAGGUCACCUUCCACACCCCGCCUGCACCCGCUUUCGACUUCCUGUUCAGCGACAAGUGCGGCUUCACCACAGAGCGCCUCAUCCUGAACAAGCGGCGAGAUGCUGUGGAGAGCGUGGCCGGCAUGGCCUUCCUGCUGGCGGCGGAGCGCGUGCAGACGGGCGGCUACAUCGGACUGGACUACAUCAUCGGGGACACGGGCAUCUCUCAGGGAAGACACUACUGGGCCUUCAAGGUGGAGCCUCACUCGUACAUGGUCAAAGUGGGCGUGGCCUCAGACACCAAGCUGCUGGAGUGGUUUCACAGCCCCAGGGACACCAGCAGUCCCAGGUACGACCACGACAGCGGCCACGACAGCGGCAGCGAGGACGCGUGCUACGAUCUGUCCCAACCCUUCACCCUCCUCACCGUGGGCAUGGGCAAACUCUUCAUCCCCAAAUCCUCUACGUCCUCCUCGGCGUCCGGCGACCCGGGUAACCGCGCGCUCCCCAUGCCUCAGCGCCUGGGCGUGUGCCUGGACUACGACGCCUGCCGGGUGUUCUUCUACGACGCCGACAGCAUGAGGUGCCUUUACGAGCGGCAGGUGGACUGCUCGGGGACCAUGUACCCGGCGUUCGGGCUCAUGGGCGGCGCCAAGGUGCAGCUGGAGGAGUUCGGCGCCGCUAAGAGGCUGACUUUCUGAAGAGAGAGCGGCGGAAGGUCCCCAUUUUGUUUGGCUAUGUUUUGCACCUGGCGAGGGGGAGUCGCCCCCCCAGGCCCGAUGAGGCGGAUUCCAUCAGGGCCCAAAAACCUAAGCUCAGUGUCUCUCUGCUUUUAAUUAAAUUAGCUCUUUUAAAUGGUCUGUUUUUAACGUGAGACGCCUUUCGAGCUUCAGCGCUGAUCACAGGAUUAGGCUUGUAGCGAGCCUGCGUGGCUACGUUAGCAGCUAGCGCCUCUGUGCCUUUUUUUCCAUUUAGUUUGCGUCACAAUCACACGUCAUUGCACAGUUGUUGAGUAACACCAUACCUGUGUGUAACUACUGUAUCACAUGCACUGGCAUCACCUCCUUUCUGUUCAGUUUAGCACCGGAAAAAAAACCACUACUUUGUCACUUUGACCCCCUCCCCAACCCCAACCCCAAUCACUGAAUGUGACCUUGAACAUCACUUCAUAACACAAGACCGAGCCUCAGCUGUGGUGCAACCCAAACAGCCUUUUUAACAGUUCAGGUUCAAAGUGCUGUCACAAACACUCGCACGUCGCUGCACAUAUGGAGGUGUUUACGCAUAUUUUGUUUGUUUUUUUUUUCUUCCUAAGGUUUUACGGUACGACAGGUGCUUUGAUCUUUAUUCCAGGUGUCUAAAUGCAACCUACCUCUUUGCUGUCAGGCCUGGAAAAAACCUUGUACCUGUUCACUACCCUCGGCAGAUUUUUGGGUUUGAUUUCAAGUCACUUUCAACAUGUCCGGCCUUUUGUCUUCGAACACUGGAAUUUGUUUGAUUUUCACGAGUUCGAGUGGACCUGAGAAACUACACUGUAAAUUCACCUGCCUCAUUUUUGACACUUUUAAAAAAAUAUAGAUACUCUCCAUGUUUUGUGUUGGUUUCAUCCUGAAUAAAUCACGUUGGUUUCCUAUUUAGCCCAGUCUUAAGUAGUAAUGAUGUCUGUUUUGUGCAGCUUGUCCACAGAGGUCACAAACUUAACAAAAAACGCACAUGCACUGAAGGAUUGGCAGCUUGCUUUUGUUUGUAUUUCCAUGGAGGAAUGUAUACCAUGAUAACAGCUGAAUGUCCUUUUUGCCCCCCCUCCCAUACAAAUCUAAACCAAAUCUUUUCCACCCUAAUCAAAGCUAGCAUGCUGCAUCUCAGUAACACUUUCUAAUAAUAAUAAUAAUAACAAAGUGUGUGCAAUAUUACUCAUACAAAAGGCAGCAGGAAGAGAAACGGCUAGCUUCCGACUAAAAGACACUACAUUUGCACUGAAAGUAAUUCAUAAUGGAAUUUACGUGAUAAAAAGGCCUCCAACUUGAAUUAGCAAGUUUUCCCUCUAAAGUGGUGAUCAUGUGACUUCUAUGGAGAGUUUGGAUGCGUCAGGUGGUGGCGUUUGUGUGUGUGUGUAUGACGUAAAUGUGAAUAUUAUAUUUCAUUGCUGGAUUUUAAGUGUGAGGACGUCAUCCAAUAAAACUGGUGUUUGUAAAAAAAAAAAAAAAAAAAU